AUGUUUGUUGACACCUUAGUGGAAGAGGCAGCCGACCCUGGAGCGUCGAUAUCAUAUGGUUUACCCUCCCUAAAGUUGUCCUCCUCUAGGCAUCAUCUUUCUGAACGCAAAUUUUCCCCUUCCUAUGAGCUUCAUCAGUCCACAUUGAAGCUCACUGGAUACCUCCAUCAUUUCAGAAAACUACACUCUGGCGUUCCAGAGCUGGUUACAUUUGAAGUUGGUGGAGUAGAAUUUACUGUCCAUCGGAAUAUCCUUGAAAAGGACCAACACUCACUCUUAUUUACGCUGGCUAGUCAGCAUUACCUUCAGAGUAAAACGAAUGAGCAGGACGUCUGUAGGGACGAGUACGGACGAUGCAAGAGGGGCAGAAAAAUUACUGGCGAUGUAGAUCGAAAUCCUAGGUGCGAUGGUGUCGGGGAUAAGAUUGUGAUUCCCGGGAAAGACCCCAUAAUUUUUGGCAUGAUUUUGAAUUUCUUGAGAGGGUACACCAAUGCGAUUCGGUCCCCGGCGUGGAAGGAAGCGUGCGAGGCAGACAUAGAGUACUAUGGAUUGUGGAAAUCCUGGAGUGCUCGCUACUCCCUUUCAUUGCAAUACAAGUUCAAUUUUCUGAUGACUGGGUCUCAAUUGUUUUCUGAUUUAGUGUGCGGGAUAGCAAGCCCGUACUUUUCUUCAGGAAUUCACGCUAUUACUUUUGCCAUCGCCCACUGCGACAGGGUAGGUGUUGGCGUGUCGAUGGAACUGGGCCUCAGCCUGCCGCAUGACAUCGUUCAGGAGGGCCAUGGGAAAGUUUUCUAUUGGAAUGAUGGGAAAAUUACAUCCAACUUAAUAGAAUCCAAAGUUGCAGACACUGGCUGCCCUUUUGGUUCCUCAACAGAAAUACAAAUUUACCUUGACUCGGAUGAGAACACCGUUCGUUGGGUUGUUAAUGGGGAUGACUGUGUCAGUAUGCAGCGCCUUCCAAAGGGGAAGUCAUUUGCUUUUUGUGCCGUAGCCGCGCGCAUAUCGCAGAUCGAUAUUUUGACUCACAGGAGUGUAAACUACCUGUAA